CCUUAUUUUGAAGCGACCAUCCUGUAUAUAUAUCCUAUACGAAUUCUCUUUUCCUCAAAUAUUAUCACUCAUUAAACCCUUUUUUUGGCUCAACUUUAGUUUGCUUUACUGUUUAUUGAUCUUCAUCAACUAGCGGUUUUCCUUGUCCAUUGCCAUGUCUCGGAGGUCACGAAAACCCGCUGAACAGGCCCUUAGUGCUGAAGAACAUGCACCACCAGAACCGAAAACGCACAAGCAGAGGUGGAGGUUGGCCUUGACGGUCAUAUCCUUCACCAGGGCUCUUAAUACACUUGCCAAGAAAGUAAUUUAUGACAAGGGCCAAGUACCUCGAUCCAUCUCUUACAUAUCCAUUGAUGUACCCACCAACGAAGACGAUAGUGCAGGUGAGAGCAGUCGUUCUUUGCUUGAUCUUGAUCAGAAGGCGCUUACUGAUAUGGUGAAGGACAAGAACCUUGAUCUUUUGAGUCAAUUUGGAGGAGUUAAAGAUUUGGCUUCUACUCUUGGAACUGAUGUGAAGGGGGGAAUUGGCGGGGGAGAGGCUGAUUUGAUGCAUAGGAAAGAUGUUUUUGGAGCCAAUGUGUUUCAGAAGCCGCCUGCAAAAAACUUCAUGAGUUUUUUCAUUGAAGCAUUCAAGGACACAACCAUCAUAAUACUUCUGGUAUGUGCUAUACUCUCUCUAGGGUUUGGCAUUAAAAAGCAUGGCUUGAAAAACGGUUGGUAUGAUGGUGGUAGCAUUGUUCUUGCUGUCUUGUUAGUCGUUAUUGUCACUGCUGUCUCGAACUUCAAGCAGUCGAGGCAAUUUGAUAAGCUUUCGACCAAGAGUAGUGAUAUAAGUGUUGAAAUUGUGAGAUCUGGACAACGCCGUCCUAUAUCAAUAUUUGAUAUUGUGGUGGGUGAUCUUGUUUGCCUGAAGAUUGGGGAUCAGGUUCCGGCAGAUGGGGUGUUCAUGGAAGGGCAUUCAUUGAAGGUGGACGAAUCCAGCAUGACCGGGGAAAGCGAACACAUUGAGAUAAAUAGUGGAAACCAUCCCUUUUUGUUAUCUGGCACAAAGGUGACGGAUGGGUUUGGUUUGAUGCUUGUAACAUCUGUGGGCAUGAACACAGCCUGGGGCGAGAUGAUGAGCUCAAUAAGCCGGGAUUUAGAUGAGCAGACACCUUUACAGGCACGGCUUGACAAGCUUACAUCAUAUAUUGGGAAGGUUGGUUUGGCAGUGGCUGUGCUUGUUCUUGCCGUUUCUCUGAUUCGUUAUUUCACCGGACACACCACAGAUGACAAGGGGAACAGAGAAUUCUAUGGAGGAAAGACAAAGUUCGAUGAUGUAGUGAAUUCUGCUCUGGAUAUUUUAGCUGCAGCAAUCACAAUUGUUGUUGUGGCAAUUCCUGAAGGUUUGCCUUUGGCCGUUACCUUGACUCUUGCGUAUUCAAUGAAGAAGAUGAUGAAUGACAACGCCUUGGUUCGAAGGCUGUCUGCAUGUGAGACGAUGGGAUCA